GGGAAGUUGCACAAUUUCGGAAAGACACAUUUGACUGGUGUGUGAGCGAAAUGUCAGUUUGCCUGUGUUGUGCAUUUAUGGGUGCAGUCAGUGGAGGAAAAUAAACAUCUACAACGGCUCUGUAAGUUGUACAACAUGUCCGUGUAGCUGUCUGAUAACCUCCACACUCGGGUUCUGCCAGUAGUUUCACGUACAAUGAAUAAUUCAGUAACUUCCGCUACUUACAUUCGAAACCUCAGCUAUAGUUUACUUCGCAAGUUGUCCGAUUUUUUGGAUCCUCAAGACAGGUGGAAAGAUGUCAUUGUAUCCAUACGGAAGCCGAGCGGGGAGCUGAGGUACUCACAGCAUCAUGUGAGGCGAUUUGAAGGCCUUGUUGCUCAGGGGAGAAGUCCCACAGUGGAGCUGCUGAAUGACUGGGGGACCACCAACAGCACAGUGGGUGAACUUGUGGACAUUUUGAGGGGCCACAAGCUACUGGCUGCUGCUAGUGUUCUGCUACCUGUGGAAGAGGCCACCCCAGCAAAGGCACAACCGCCCUCUGCAGUAGAAGAAAUAGACAGUAUGCUUCCAACGCGGGUACUGGAAGAGAGAGAGACGCAGCAGACCCCUGCCAGCUCUGUCCUGCAGCCACAAGUUCAGGAGAGCAGUGAACCAGGACACACAGAGAGUUUCUCCAGCUUCUUGUACAAUGAGCUGAUGGAGAUUACCGGCAAUUUCGAUGACCGUCCCAUGUCAGACGGCGGCAGCAGACUCGGAGAGGGAGGCUUUGGCACUGUAUACAAAGGUCUCCUGAAUGACAAACCUGUUGCAGUUAAAAAGCUCAAUCCAAUGGACGACAUUUCCCUGGAUGAGCUGCAAGUUCAAUUUCAUCAAGAGAUCCAAACUCUGAAAUUGUUGAAACAUGAGAACUUGGUUGACAUGGUUGGAUUUUCCUGUGAUGGGCAGCACCCGUGUUUGGUGUAUGCCUUUAUGGCCAAUGGUUCCUUACUAGACCGACUAGCUUGCUUGGACGAUAGUCCUCCACUGUCCUGGCGACAGAGAUGCUUGAUAGCUGAAGGGACAGCAAGAGGCUUGGAGUAUCUGCACUGCAACCAUCAUGUCCACAGGGAUGUUAAAAGUGCAAACAUCCUGUUAGAUGAAAAAUUUGUGGCAAAGAUCUCAGACUUUGGGCUGACGAGAGCGUCGGCCAAACGGACAUCAACGACUAUGAUGACGGAGAGGAUUGUGGGGACCCGUGCAUACAUGGCACCUGAGGCCCUCAGAGGAGAGAUCACACCAAAAUCUGAUGUCUUCAGCUUUGGAGUGGUGUUGCUAGAAAUAUUGUCUGGACUCCCGCCAGCCAGCGAAAACCGGGAGCCACAGUUCUUGAUGGAGAUUAGGUAUGAUAUAGAUGACGAAGACGAGGAGCUGACUCUGGAGGACUUUCUGGACAAAAAGAUGAGAGACUGGGAGAUGAGCCAGGUGGAGACUACCUACUCUUUGGCUUGUAACUGUCUCCAUGAAAGGAAGAACAGACGGCCAGUCAUCAAACAGGUUGUGACAGAGCUUGAAGGGGUUGUCAAAAGCUUAUCACUGGAUGUUCAGGCGUAGCAUUCCAGAGAAGAUACAAGACGUCUAAACCUGCUCCAAUCAAUGCACACACUGAUUAAAUACAUUUCCUUAUCAACAUUUACAUAUAAAUGAAUGUUUGUUGACUGUGACUGACAAAAAAGUAUUUUUUUCAUCAAUUUUUUCUAUAAUAAUAGUUUUUACCUUAUUUUAGAAAAUUUACUAUAAUUUUUGUUAAGAAGCAUGUAGCUCUGUUUUUACCAUUGUGUAAGUGUUUAAGUACUGUGGUACGCUGUAAUAGCAUUAAGUAUUCUGAUGGACUGAUAUCUUGAAAAGGCUCCUGACAAUGUUUCUUGCCAAUGUCUCCACCAUGUAUUUAUUGCAAACACAGAAAAAGGAAUAAAAUGAAACGGUAAAUGUGUGAUU